AUGAAUGCCGCCAGUUUCGACCAAUACGGUCUCCUGUCGCAUGGAGUGACAGGCGCCGCACACCAGCACCAUGCUGGAUCGCAUCAGCACCAUCAUCAGCAGGCACCACAUCACCAACAUGCCGCUUUCAACCCUGCCAUGAGUCACUCGGGUGCCCAAGGUGACGACAUUUUCAUCGCAAGACAGACCAUGUUCGACGCGGUAAGCCGCCUCUCAGCUCAACUUCGUCACGCCGCAGACUCGUGCGACGCUUUCGUCAAGGUGGUAGCACGACAGAACCCUAAUGUCGCAGCCCUCGUACUAGCACAACAAGGCAAUGUCUCGAGCGCAGGCAGCGCUGGAGGUGUGCCAACAUCCUUCGACUUCCUCAGCAUUGCAAAUGGCUCGCAUCCAAGCGUCGCCGCACCCGGUGCCGACACAGCUGCAGCAGCAGGUACAGCAGGAGCCGACGGCAAGGCAGUCAAGAAGUUGAGCAAGUUGCAAAAGCGCAAGGAGAAGCGUCUCCGUGACCCAGAUGCGCCUAAGCGACCUCCAAGUGCCUACUUGCUGUUCCAGAAUGAGGUGCGACAAGAGAUCCGCAAGAAGCAUCCAGGCAUGCCCUACUCGGAAGUGUUGGGCAAGGUGUCGGAAGCAUGGAAGGCGCUCACAGACGAGCAGAGACGCGUAUACCAAGACAAGACGACCGAGAACAUGGCAACGUGGAACCAGCAAAAGAAGGAACACGAGGUCAAUAUGAACCAAAAUGCCACCUUGAGACAGUAA